UUUAUUAUUAUUGGUGGAGUCGAGUGAUUGCUUAUGCUCCAGUAUAUUGGGGGAUUUGUAGCAGUCACAGAGAUAAAAGCCGACGGCUGGAGUUUUUUUUGGCUCUAUCUAUCCAAAUCUCGAUCAGUUUGAGUGAGAGAGAGAUGGAGGAAAUUGGGUUCUUGGGGUUGGGUAUAAUGGGAAAAGCCAUGUCCAUGAACUUGCUUCGCCAUGGCUUUAAGGUCACUGUCUGGAAUCGCACUCUAUCGCGGUGUGAUGAGUUGGUAGAGCAUGGGGCCACUGUAGGAAAAUCUCCUGCAUCAGUGAUUAAGAAAUGCAAGUACACCAUUGCCAUGUUAUCUGAUCCUGCUGCAGCUUUAUCAGUGGUUUUUGGUGAAGAUGGUGUUCUGGAGCAAAUUGGUUCUGGAAAAUGCUACAUUGACAUGUCGACUGUUGAUGCCGAGACUUCUUGCAAGAUCAGUGAGGCAAUCACGUCAAAGGGCGGUUCUUUUCUUGAAGCUCCAGUAUCAGGUAGCAAAAAACCAGCUGAGGACGGUCAACUAGUAAUCCUUGCUGCUGGAGAAAAGACGCUAUACGAUGCGGUGCUGCCUGCUUUUGAUGUAUUGGGAAAAAAAUCAUUUUUCCUGGGCCAAGUUGGAAAUGGAGCAAAAAUGAAGCUUGUAGUGAACAUGAUAAUGGGCAGUAUGAUGAAUGCAUUCUCUGAGGGACUUGUGUUGGCCGAUAAAAGCGGACUGGACCCACUUGCCCUCCUUGAUGUGCUGGAUCUUGGUGCUAUUGCAAACCCAAUGUUCAAAAUGAAGGGACCAUCCAUGAUAAAGAGCACUUAUUCACCAGCUUUCCCUUUGAAACACCAGCAGAAAGACAUGAGGUUGGCUAUUGCUCUUGGGGAUGAAAAUGCUGUGCCCAUGCCACUUGCAGCUGCUGCUAACGAGGCAUUCAAAAAAGCGAGGAGCAUGGGAUUCGGGGACCUCGACUUUUCUGCUGUUCAUGAAACUGUUGCAUCUGGAAAAAGCUCAUCUUAAUAUAUUAUUUCUAUUAAAUCAGAAGAAUCAUAGGAACAGCGAUCGGUGCUACUUUUCGACAUGAUUGUGGAAUUAUAUAUUAUGAUGAUCUUAACAGCAGUUUGAAACAGAAUAGUGUAGCAGCCUAAAAGUUGUGAUAACUGCAUUAAUCUUGCACUUAUUCAUAUUUUCCUGCUAAAACUUCAACAAUUUUUGGAUGAUUUGAAUAUAUGCGAUUGUUCGACAUACCAAAAGGGAUUUGUAUUAGUUACAAUUGAAUUCUUGUAAUGGCCAGUUUACUAAUUUAUGAUUUGUAUUAUCCAUACUCCUGCUGAGG